AUGGUCUCCUUCUCUUCACUCUUCCUCGCGCUGACUGCUGCCGCUGGAGUCUUCAGUGCUCCAGCUGGUGGUGAGCUUGCAGAGAGAAAUAACUUCGCUCCACUCCAGUGGCUCAACAAGCGCACGUCUCCUGGCACCGGGACCAACAACGGGUACUUCUACUCGUUCUGGACCGACGGCGGCGGUGGCGUGACCUACACCAACGGCGCCGGCGGCUCAUACACCACGCAAUGGAGCAACGUCGGCAACUUUGUCGCCGGAAAGGGCUGGAAUCCCGGUUCUGCCAGAACCAUCAACUACUCCGGCUCCUUCAGCCCAAGCGGAAACGCAUACCUGGCAGUCUAUGGCUGGACCACCGGCCCUUUGAUCGAGUACUACAUCCUCGAAUCCUACGGGACGUACAACCCGGCAUCCAGCAGCGGGUUGACCUACAAGGGCCAACUCCAAAGCGACGGCGGCACAUAUAACAUCUACACUUCUCAACGUGUCAAUGCGCCAUCCAUUCAAGGCACCGCGACCUUUUCGCAGUAUUGGUCCAUCCGCACCAGCAAGCGCGUCGGCGGCACCGUUACCACGGCCAAUCAUUUCAAGGUGUGGAAGAAGCUCGGGAUGAAUCUUGGGGCGUUUAAUUACCAGAUUGUCGCUACGGAGGGUUACCAGAGCAGUGGAUCGUCGAGCAUCACGGUUUCCUGA